CUGUCAGGUGGGCGUGAUGGUACUGGACGCGGCAGGCACCCGCAACGGCCAAUCGCGUGACAAGGAAGUUGUGCGGCGGCUGACGGGCCUGCACGAGGCGGCUGCAGCUUCCGCCUCACCUUCAUCGUCACCUUCAGACAUGGACGACACCACGCUGGCGCCUCCGCUGACAUCACCCACGACCACGCCCACGGCCCCCGCAUCUCGCGACCCUCCCUCCGAGAGGGACGCAACUCUCCCCACUCCCCCGACGCCCGCACCCUCGCACCUUCCCGAGACCAACCCCACAGCCGCCAAUCGCGUCGACACCACCGCCUCCACCGCCCCAGGUUCAGCGCCUUUCAACGACGACGCUCCCAUUGCGCAACCCUUCUUCCUUGCGGCGGCGCCCGAGCGGCGCCACCCCGGUGCCCCGAACAGGAGGCGCUCUCAAUCCACGACGCCCCCGCCACCCCCGCCGCGCCCCUUCCUGCGGCCUCCACCGCGGCCGCCGUUGCACUACCCGCCCCAGCAGCACCAACAGUCCGUCGAGAUGCAGCCGAUGGCGGCCGAGUCACGGCCGUAUGCGCAGCUGUCGCCCUACCGCUACCCCACGGACGCGCGCAAUAUCCAGGACAUCAUCAAUUACCUGACGGCAGCGCGCGGGGUCGCCCACGCCGCCCCGCGGCCAGCGGGCCAGGGCCAGGGCCAGGGCCAGGGCCAGGGCCAGGGCCAGGGCCAGGGCCAGGUUUGA